UAUAGUGGCCAAUUGGAAAUUCGUCGAAGUGUAUACGGAAUAAAGUACCGUGGCAGUUGCCGACGAUGGAUCUCAACAUUUGUAUACAUUUUUGCGAAGUUAUUUCAAAAUCCCAAUAUGCGUGACAUUUUCAUAUUCCGGUUUCUGAAUGUUUUACAGCUGAGAAGACUGCAAACUUCAAAAUGAGAUAUGCACGCAACAUGAACAAUAACAGUGGAUUUAAAAAAAAAGCCGUAUAACAAAUUUAUAAUACAGGCAUGCGCAAGCUCAAUGACACGGGAUAAAAAGGCCAUUUUAAUGGAAACAAAUUGUUUUUUGACAAUCAAGCACACCAUACUGCAAGGUAGAUAACUCUGUGCUUAACAGAAAAGUAAAUAACUAAAAAGUGUUGAGAAUGAAACUGAAAGACAGUGUCCUCUCGAUACAAUUUAUUGCCGUUUUCAAAUUUCAGACACCUUAUAAAAUAAACUGUUUACGGUUUGGUAACGCUUUCAGAAAAGACACAAGCGGCCUUGUGGUUGGGGGAGAAGAUGGGAUAAUUAGAAUUUAUGAUUUGUCUUCUGAAAUACAGCCAGAUAAGCCACAGAUAUUCUUAGAAACAAAAGGUGGCCCUAUACAGUCAAUUGCCAUACACGAUGUUACUAAGUUCUACAAUGAUGACAUUGUGGCUGGAGACUCCGUUGGCAUGGUUACCAUAUUCUGCAAUCGUCAGAUUCUCACAAGACACAGUCUAUCAAAAAACAGCAUUCACUGCCUAAAUAUUCACAAAAAUCCUUUGGGUAACUGUGCAAUAGUUGCUGCAGAUGAAUCUGGUUACAUUUGUGCUAUACAGCCAUCACAAGAACUGUGGAGAAUUAACUUGAACAACCUCGCUAUAAACAAGGGUCCAUCAGAAAAGGCGAUUGUAACAAGUCUGCUGUGUGCUGAUCUCACCACACCGAGUGGGGAAGUGUGCAGCUACAUUCUUGCAGCAGACAACAGAAAACAUUUGCUGGUAGUGAAUCAGGGCGAAGUUGUUAUGACAAUCAACACCCCCGAUGUUGUUACUGCAAUGUGCAGUGGUGCUUUUAUUGAUGCUGAGCGUCUAGAUACUGGAGGUGAGACGACCCAGACCAAAAACACAACGCAGGUUGCUCUUGGCUGUGCCAGCGGGGCAGUCUACAUUAUGCAUAACUUUACUAUAACAGAAGAUGAGUUUGUGAAUGCACAGUACCGCAUUGGGCAGUUACUGGCGCAUCCCUGCACCACACGAGACACUGACCUCAUACUCUGUGCCGGACACUUCAGCUCUCUACAAGUCUUCCAUGAUGGAAAGAAAGUAGGAAACUAUGACACUCCAGACUGGAUCCGAACUAUGGACAUCAUGUAUACAUCAGGGGAGAGAAAACCGCAGAUUGUGAUUGGCUGCCUGAAUAACUCUGUACAGGGGUUGUCUCUCUUGGAAGGCAGCUCCUAGCGAUUUCUGAUGUUGUGUUGGUGUGACGGGUUAACAUGUACAAGGGGAGAGACUCAUUACCAAGAAAUUAAGUUUCUGUCAUGUGUUUGUGAUGAUUAAGGGCACUAUGAAGGGAGAGGACUUGAAAAGUUGAGCUUCGAAUUAGUGAAAGCUGGAGGAUUGAUCUGCUGCCAGUGCGGAGAUUUUCGUAGAAAAUAAGACUUUUUCCAGAAAAUAGACUAGUUUAAGUCCCAUGGCAAUUGCUUAAAAAAAGUUUCAAGAUAUUUAGGUGAAACUGCACAGUACAAAAGACAAAAUGAACUGUGCAGCAAGACCAAUAACUCUUGCUCCAAUAAUUGUUGAGUAGUGCUCCUUUAUUCAACUUUAUUCAACUAAACAAAGUGAUAUUCUCAAAAAAAAAAUUAAGACGGCAAUGUUUAAAUCGGUCUAUUAAACAUGUCCAACCAUUGAAAUAUGCUUCUUUUUCAACUGAAAUAUCUUCUAAUAAAAAAGCUGUAUAGGAUUUACAUGUUUUUGAUGGUACUGAUUAUCACUAGGAGACUGCUGUUAUAUUUCAUUUAACUGUAAGGCUUUGUUGUUACUAUGAUGGCCAGUGUGUUUGUGGAAAAGCGCUCUUGUAAUAGAAAGCCAUAGCUCAGUAACAAUAGUCGUUUUGUUAAUUGCAACAGUGAAAGAAUACAAUAGGUGAGUUUGACGCCACCCUCCCACCGGCCCUCACAAUCAACGACGCACCGUACGUCAUUUUUAUAACCACAUUGUGAAAACAUGGUUAAAAGUCAAUGAAGGGUUUUUAGGGUUAUUAAGGAGUGAUGUUAUCUUAUUGUCAGAUGUUCGUCAAUAAUUGUGUGAAGUAUUAAGUCAAUUGAAUGAAAGGUACUGGAUAUAGAAGUUAUUAGUAAAUUAGAGGGCCAAGUGGCCCUAUAUCGCUCACCUGCUGGACAAAGGUUACUAAAGUAAUUGAUUGGACAACAUCCUGAAUGCCUCAAGCCCAUAAGCCACAGGUGAAACUGUAAUACAUCCCGUUUUUUAAAUG